AUGAAGAAGCUUCAUCUUUUGAUCGCUGUCAUUGCGCUUGCGGUUGGUCUCCACCUUUACAUCGACCGGCCCGUCCACUGGGUGUACGACGAAACCAAACUCCACGAGAUCGCCCAAAAAGGGAUUCAAACCGCGAAGGAAAAACACGGUGAAGCGUUGGAGCCACGCCUGAUUAUCGAGGAGGUGAUCCGCGGCGUCCUCGAGGCCUACCCGACGACGACGCGCUACAGCGGGCGGUGGUUGUGGAACGUCGCGGGCGGGGCGAUGGGGGCGAUGACGGUCCUCCACUGCUCCUUUUCGGAGUACCUCAUCAUCUUCGGAACGGCGGUGGGGACGGAAGGGCAUACGGGGCGGCAUCUCGCGGAUGACUACUUUAUGAUCCUCUAUGGGGAGCAGUGGGCGGCGCUGCCGGAGGGUGACGCCACUCGGCGGGAGGUCUACCGCGCAGGGGAUUCCCACCACCUUCCUCGCGGCGUCGCGAAGCAGUAUCGGAUGCCAAACGCCUGCUUCGCGCUGGAGUACGCCCGUGGGAAUAUCGUCUCAAUGCUCUUCUUCGGGUUUGCUGAUUCCUUCUUCUCGACAUUGGACCUCGUGACGAUCCAACAAACGCUGUAUGAAAGCGCGAGCAACCUCCUCUUCAACCUCCUUCGUGGUAAAAUUUAG